AAGCACUUAUAUACUGGAUAACGGGGGAGCACAACAGGGGCAGCCGGAGAAAAUCAUAUGAAACUUAUUGAAUGGUUUUUACUGGUUUGAUUCUGCGAUUUUAUUUAUUUUUGAUAACUCAAAUAUCUGUUUUGACUAGCAUUCGAUUGUAUUCAUUUGGGAAGUAAUUUGGAGUAUUGAUACUAGGAGUUUAAGGUAACGGCCGUAGUAUCAGCGCGCGCUUCUCCUCGUGUCAAGCCUCGUGUGUGUGUGGUUACUCACCAAAAAAUAGGUAAUGAAAUGUAACAUCUGUGGUAAAUUUAAUGGCACGUCUUUCCGUCACAAAACAUUUCACUUUCAUCCAGUAAGGCAGCUACAAGCAGCACUGGUUAAGUCCACGCAGCAAAGAAUUGUUGUAACGUUAUUAGUAGUGUUUAUCUUAGCAUUAAGUAAGCGGUUGUUGUGGACAUCAUUUCGGAAGGAUGACUUACGCCGUCCCACACAUGCACGUCGCUAUUGCCGAUUUACACCAAAACUCCGCUAACCUGAGCAUCAUAGGUGUGGUUGUUGGAAAAACCGAGGUGAAAAGCUUUCCUGACAGAAAAAAUAUCGGCUCUGAGCGAUACACCUUCAGCUUUACCAUUAAAGACUCACCGGAUCAUUUAAUCAACAUUUCCUCAUGGGGAACUGAGGAAUACAUCAAUGGCCUGUCAAGCAGCUUCAGAAUAGGGGACUGUGUUAUUGUUGAGAAGCCCUUAACUGUCACCAAAGAUCCAGAAAAAGAUGAUAAAUUCUGCCCUUCAACUUUAAGCUUGUAUAGGUUGUUGUUGACUGAAAAUCACUCAGCCAUCAAGGUUCUUUCAGACACAGAGGCUGACUCCAGGCUCCUUUCUUUAUUCCAUCUGCCAGUGAAAGAUCACAGAGAUUUUUAUUCACUGGGAGACAUUGUUGCAAAUGGACAGAGCUUGGAUGGAAAUGUAAUUAAUAUACUUGCAGUUGUUCAGUCGAUUGGGGAACCUAAGUAUUUCACAACUGGCGAUGGACGCAAAGGACAAAGAUGUGAAGUGAAGCUGUUUGAUGAAGUUAUUAUGUCUUUCUGCAUGAUCUGUUGGGACAGGGAAAAUAUUCAAUUUAUUCAAACAUGGAUACCCAGAGAAACAGUGCUCUUUGUUGCAGAUGCACGUGUCACUUUUGAUAACUUCCGAAAAAGCAUGGUUGCAACAGUUAUCUCAAAAACUAUCAUCACUGUCAAUCCUGACACAAAAGAAGCUGCCCAGCUGUUCAAUUAUGCCAGAGACUUUGCAGGAACUGGAGCACUGGAUGAUCAAGAGAAACUCUCAGGAGAUCAGGUGUCUUUGGAUUCUAUUAGUGAUGUAUUUACUGUGGAACAGCUCAAAGUGAGCAUCCAGAAAAACCUUGACAAGCAAGACAUCAUUUAUGGAAUCGUAUACGCCUUCAUCACGACAUUGAAUCUUGAUGCUUCUGUUUCUAAAGUGAUUCGAAACAGAUGUUCCAGAUGUUGGUAUCAGGUAUCUGAAGACAUGCAAAACUGCAGUAAUCCAGUGUGUCCCAGGGAGGCACAGCUGGCGGUCACCACCAGCUUUGAUUUACUGGUGGAUAUUACUGACCACACGGGCACCCUGCAGUCUUGUACACUGUCUGGCACUGCUGCUGAACAAACUCUGGGCUACUCAGCUGAAGAGUUUGUUCAUUUAAAAGAAGAAGACAAAACUGCACUGAAAUGGAAAUUCCUACUAGAAAGAUGCAAAAUCUUAUUGAAGAUUCUUCCCUCUUCAAAGACUCGAAAUGGCUUUAGAGGGAAUAUCUUGUCCUGCACACUAGCUGACCCUGGGGAAGUGAAACAAAGCUUUACCAGAGUAGCCCUCUGAAGGAGGUCAUGAAGACAGGCGUGGUUAAUCCUGUUAGUUACAGAAUAGUUACAGAAUUUCUGCUGUUUGCAUCAGAAAUUUUCACUUGAUCUUUUUUCAAGGUUUUGGGAUAAACAGUUCGCAUAUGUGAGGAAAAAAUACUUCUUUGGAUACAUCUUUGAAUAGGAGGCUGAGUAUAUGAACAAUGGGGAAAUAUGGUUAUUGUCUUGAGAAGCAGAGUGCAUAGAAGAGAAGCACAGCACACUUGAAAUUCUUUACAUAGUGUUUGAUUCAUAAUAAACUCGGAGUAGGAUUCCUGUUCUGUUUUGCAUAUUUAUAUUUAAUAAAAUGCCCUGUUUACUGUU